AUGGGUAAUUUUGCUCUGGAAAAGUCAGGCAAAAAUCAGGUCUGCGACGAGUGCAACCGCGAGUGGGAGGGCGACUGCCCCGAGCACGGCCCGCUCCUGCUGCUGGCCGACGCGCCCGUGCCGCCGUCCGCCGCGCACUCCGAGGAGCGCGCCGUCCUCACGGCGCCGCCCGAGCUGUCGGUGGCCGCGUCCGGCAUCCCGCAGGGCGGGCGCGGCAUCCGCAAAGGGGGCCGCGUGGACCACUACGUGGACGCCGGCGACACGCGCGUGGCCAACUGGAUGCGCUUCGUCAACUGCGCGCGCCACGAGCAGGAGCAGAACGUGGUGGCCUUCCAGUUCCGCGGCGCCAUCUUCUACCGCUCGGUGCGCGCGCUGGCGGCCCACGAGGAGCUGCUGGUGUGGUACGGCGACGCGUUCGCUCUGCAGCUGGGCAUCUCGCCCAAGGACUUCCGCGCGCCGCUGCUGCGCCCUCUGCCCAGAGAAGCCUUUCCCUGUCCACACUGCUCACUUUCCUUUACCAGUCCACUAUAUCUCGAGGCCCACACGCGGCGUUGCAGAUGGCGCUUUACAACCCGAAAUGUUGGUGUCGGGGUAAACCGAAGCGUCAAUCUACCAUUUGCAAGCAACUUUGCGAGUGGGGAACCAUAUCGCUCUGAAGAAUGCGGCACCGCGUUGAAAAAUUUGGGUGAUCACACUUCACUCAAAAGGUCUCGCUCCGGGCAGCUAUCGUAUCGCUGCGAAGGGAGCGGCGCUGUGUCUACUAAUUCUGAUACUCUCACUAAACACAAACGGAUUCACUCGGGGGAGCGACCGUUUCGCUGUGAGGAGUGCGGCGCAGCGUUCACUCAGACUAGUAAUCUCACUAAACACAAACGGACUCACUCGGGGGAGCGACCGUUUCGCUGUGAGGAGUGCGGCGCAGCGUUCACUCAGCUUGCUCAUCUCACUACUCACAAACGGACUCACUCGGGGGAGCGACCGUUUCGCUGUGAGCAGUGCGGCGCAGCGUUCACGGAAUCUGGUACUCUCACUAAACACAAACGGACUCACUCGGGAGAGAGACCGUUUCGCUGUGAGGAGUGCGGCGCAGCGUUCACUCAGACUAGUACUCUCACUAUUCACAAACGGACUCACUCGGGAGAGAGACCGUUUCGCUGUGAGAAGUGCGGCGCAGCGUUCACUCAGACUAGUACUCUCACUAUUCACAAACGGACUCACUCGGGGGAGCGACCGUAUCGCUGUGAGCAGUGCGGCGCAGCGUUCACUCAGCUUGCUCAUCUCACUACUCACAAACGGACUCACUCGGGGGAGCGACCGUUUCGCUGUGAGGAGUGCGGCGCAGCAUUCGCUCGGCAUGGUACUCUCACUGUACACAAACGGACUCACUCGAGGGAGCGACGGUGUAACUGUGAAGAGUGCGGUGCAGCCUUCGCCUCGUCUAUCGAUCUCACUAGACACAAGCGUACUCACUUGGGAAAUAAUUUAAUUUGUAACGAUGUGAGGAAGACUAUUAUCAAUGUUCUCAGUGAAGUGAAACGCAGUGGAAACCACUCGGAAGAAUGA